AUCGCUGCCUUUUGUUCUUAGCAAGCAGCGCCGACGAGGAAGUUGUAUAUAAGCCCGACGCCAGGUCCACUCCACCUCGAUUCCAACCACUCCACCAUGUCCAGCUUCGACUUCUCCGCUUACACUGACACUGUCAUCAAGGCCACCGGCGACAAGGCGUCGCCGCGCGUCAAGGAGGUGAUGCCCAUCCUGAUCCGCAAGGUCCACGAGUUCCUCAUCGAGGCGGACAUCACGACCGAGGAGUGGCUGGCCGCGUGCAACCUCCUCGUCGAGGCCGGCCAGGUGUCGAGCGAGAAGCGUAACGAGGUCGUCCUCGUCACCGACGUUCUUGGCAUCGAGUCGCUCGUCAACACGCUCGACCAGACGCGCGCGCAGCGCAAGGGCAUCCCCGACAACCAGGACGCAACGUUCUCGGCUAUUCUUGGCCCCUUCUACCGCUCCGGCGUCCCCGUCCAGGAGAACGGCACCACCAUCGUCCGCCAGACUGAGGAGGGCGCGCCGUACACCCACCUUUUCGGAACGAUCUACGACGCCGAUGGCAAGCCGCUCCCCAACGCGCUCGUCGACGUCUGGCAUGAUGCCCCCGACGGGCUCUACGACGCCCAGACCCCCGAGAAGCCCGAGUACCACUGCCGUGGCCGCUUCCGCACCGACGAGAACGGCCGUUACUCGACCAUCUGCCUCAAGCCGACCCCCUACCCCAUCCCCUUCGACUUCUCAGCUGGCAAGCUCCUCACGCUCCUCGACCGCCACCCGUACCGCCCUGCCCACAUCCACUUCUGGAUCGAGGCUCCCGGCCACCGCACGCUGGUCACCCAGAUCUUUGACCGCGAGUCCGACUACCUCAAGGACGACUCGGUGUUCGCCGUCAAGGACAAGCUCAUCGUCGACUUCAAGCCCAUCUCCAAGGACUUCAAGGCGCCCCAGGGCCUCGAGGGCCGCAUGGUCCACGAGCUCCAGCAGGACUUCCACCUCCAGAAGGCGUAAAAGAGGGCGUGACUCGUGGCAUUGGAAGAACGGGGUUGG